UAAAGUGGAAAAAAAAUAGUUAUAAAAUAGAUUCUUUAAAUUCAAAUUCUACAUUGUUAGACUUGAAAAUGAAGAUAUUUGAUUUAACCUAUGUUCUUCCGAAGCGUCAGAAAUUAUUAGGAAUAAAAAAAAAUAAGCCUCCCUUGGAUGAAGAUUCUUUAGAGCAAUUAAAUAUAAAAUCAGGAACUAAAUUAAUGAUGAUGGGUUGCAACGAUGAGCUAGAAGAAAUUGAGGUGAAUGACAACAUUAAAAAUGAUUUAGAUGAUAACCUUGUUGAAGAAGAAAUAAAUAUCUGUCAAAGGGUAGAAAAUUUGGAUAAAAUAGAAAAAAGAGUAUUAAAUUAUAAUAUCAAAUCCUACCAUGAACCUAGAGAGGGAAAAUAUUUGUUGGUUUUAGAUAUAGAUGGAACUAUAUUUGAUCACAAAUCAUACGCGGAAAGAGGAAGCGAAUUGAUGAGACCUUACUUGCAUGAAUUCCUUAACACCGUUUACAAUUAUUACGACAUUUGUAUAUGGUCCGCUACCAAGAUGAAAUAUAUAGAAGCCAAAGUUAUACAAAUGGGGAUAAUCCGGUCUUCACCUUCCAAUCAAAUCCAAAAUUCUCUAUCCGCAUCUCACAAUGAUUCCCCACCACAAGCUUCCGAAUACAAAAUUAAUUUUUUCCUAGACCAUAACGCCAUGAUAAACGUGUACACUGAAAAAUCAGGGCUCAUCGAGGUAAAGCCCUUAGCCUUUAUAUGGGGAAAAUUUCCGGGCAAGUACACACCUCAAAACUCAAUUAUUGUUGAUGAUUGUCGCAAAAAUUUCCUUAUGAACCCGCAAAACGGAUUGAGAAUUUACCCUUUCCAUAAUACGCAUACCGAUGAACAACAAGACGAAGACCUAUUAUGGUUGGGCAAAUAUUUGGAAUUUAUAGCAAUUAAUUUCAACGGAAAUUUCAGCGAGUUAGAUCAUACACAUUGGAAGAGGUACAUCAAAAACAAAAUCAAAAAAUAUAUGGAAUAAAGCAAAUUAACUACUGGAUUUAAUAUUUAAAAAAAUGCAUUUAUUAUUUUAACAACUGCCGUUUUUCCAUAAAAUAUUCUAUUAUGAUUAUGAUACUGAGCCAAUAGUUUUAUAAGUGUU